UCAUACCUCUCAGCUGCCUCAGCUGUUGUGCUAACGACUGGCAAAUUAAGUUUUUUCGCUGUUAUAUACCAUGUAUAUAGUCUUUAAACUUGAACUUUAUAAAGCAGUUAAUCGUUUGUAACAUUAGGUUAUCAGAAUAUCAGAUUUAGGGGGUCACGAGUAUAGAAGUCAUUGUAAACUCGGUUGAAACCCUUUUUACGUAGAUUAUCAUUCCAGACGGCUGAAACACUGGGUCUUUAGUGCUAACGUUAGCUGAAAGCCAGCUAGCUAGCGUUACUAGUGUAACGUAGCUACUUUUUACACAUCGACACACACGGUGGACUCAUCAUUUUUACCGUUUUGUGACCAACGAAAGCGCUGACACGGAGAGGAUUAUUUUUUGGGGGCUAGUAUCUCGGCUAGCUGGUAGUCAGAUAACCUGUUGUCAUCGGUGGGGGGUAGCAGCAUGGACUUUGAAAAUGUCCUGGCAAUCGCUUCUCAAAACCAGGGCCUCAGUAGCCUUCCGAAGCGGUACAGUUUACAAACUGGCCCGCCAAAAAAGGAUCCCAGAAUUAAAGGUGUCAAUUCAUCAGCCGUUCAGGCUUUCUUGAAGAAACAGGAGGCUAGUCAGAAGAAGAAAGUACAACAGAUGAAGAAGGAGAAAGACGAACUUCAGGCCAAACGCGUGGAACUGAAAUCGGACCGGAAAGCCCGCGCAAUGGCAUCACGCACAAAAGAUAACUUCCACGGUUACAACGGAGUCCCCAUGGAGGACAAACCAAAGAGGAGACAUUCCAGAGGAGAGGACGACCCCCAGAGGAGUGACAAUUAUGACGAUGAGGAUAAUUAUGACUAUGCGGAAACCGACUCUGAAUCAGAGCCGGAACAAGUUCCGAAAAGGCCUCCGAUGAAGAGCCAGGUGUCCAGCCAGGUGUCCAGCAAGUCCCUCACUAAACCCGUGGUUAAGAAACCUGGGGGCCCAUCUAAAGCUGCCCCCCCACCUAUGAACUUUGCCGACUUGCUGAAGCUUGCCGAAAAAAAACAGCACGAACCAGUAGAGCUGAAACCAGUGCCAAAGAAGAGCGAGGAGCGGCCCCGAGGCGCAGAGGACCUGCGGGAACUCGAGAUGGAACGCAGGACGAAGAGGCAAGACAAGGGGCACGACGCCACAAAGUCAGACAGAAGCAGAGCGCAGCCGAACUCGAGCACUCACAGGAAGAUCCCUGAGAAAGACAGCAGGGGUAGCAAGCCACAUAGGAGCCUCCCAGAGAAAUCCUCCUCCUCUAGUGAGGCCAGCAAGAAGCCAAAGCCCCACGGCUCUGGAGAGCGACCGCGUAGCUCGUCCAAGCCGUCUCACGUAGACCGACCGAAACCGACCAUAAGCUCCUCAGGUACCACUAGCGGCAAAACCUCGGUCAAGUCUGGCUGUCCGGUGUCUACCAAACAGCCAGCCCCCAGACCAUCCCCAAGCCAGAGACCUAACACCACAAGUGACCUUAACCCAAGGAAAGGGAACCACCUGCUUUCUUCAGGUAAGCCAAGUUCUUCUGGAAUCAAGCCCUCAGGUUCCAACCAAGGAGCACAGCGGAGCUCAGGUCAGAGCCGGCCCAGUCAGGGCAGUUUGGAGAGGCGAUCCUCGGAACAGGCACAGAGGGGACAACAUCAGCCUGACGGGGGCAGGCACAGCAGUGCCCCUCGGCCAAGCAGUAAUGGACAGGUGCGAUCGGCGCCUGGUGGAGCAGCAGGAAAGCUGGGAGGUGCAGCACAGCAGAGGCCUGGGGGUGUUCCACAAGCCAGGCCUGGGGGUGGACCGCAAGCCAGGCCUGGGGGUGGACCGCAAGCCAGGCCUGGGGGUGGACCGCAAGCCAGGCCUGGGGGUGGACCGCAAGCCAGGCCUGGGGGUGGACCGCAAGCCAGGCCUGGGGGUGGACCGCAAGCCAGGCCUGGAGGCGGAGGGGUUCGGCCUGCUGCUGCUGGAGGAGUGCCGGGGCGAGCAGGUGGCAGUGGACCCUCAGGGCCUGGGCGACAAACGUGUACGGUUGUGUCGGAGACCAUCUCCUCAAAGGAUCUCGUGCCAAAACCUGGAAUGCCAGGGAGACCAGGAAUGCCAGCCAGACCAGGAAUGCCAGCAAGACCAGGAAUGCCAGCAAGACCAGGAAUGCCAGCAAGACCUUACGGUCAUGGGCCCCCCGUUAGGCCUCCUGGUGCAGUACUGCCACCCAUCACGUCUUCCUACAAGCGGCAGUAUGAUGAUGAUGAUGAGGACGACGAGGACCCAGAGAUGGACGACUUCAUUGAUGAUGGUGGAGAUGAGCAAGAUGAAAUUUCAAAACAUAUCAGGGAAAUCUUUGGCUAUGAUAAGAACAAAUACAGGGACGAGAGUGACUAUGCAUUGCGGUUCAUGGAGAGCAGUUGGCGAGACCAGCAGAAAGAGGAGGCCAAGAGUUUACGCAUGGGCAUCAGGGAGGACGCGGAGGACAUCCGCAUGGAGGAGGAGGAGAGGAAACAGAAACUAGCGAUGAAAGCCAAGCGGAAAAAAGUUUAGGAAGAGGAGAAAAAUCUGCUUGAUAUGAACUCUGGGUCAAGGAGGAGGCGAGUGAAUGGUUUAGACUGAGGUACAUGUGCCUCUUUGCUGCUCUCACUUGUUGCAUUUUUAUUUAUUUGAAAUUACCCUGAAGGGAGCAGUUUUGCACUAUGGAGAGCCCGUGUCUCGGUAAACUACACUGAGGAAAAUAAUGUUAUGAAAAGCAAUCGCAGACUUCUUUUUUGUACCGACAGCUGCCCAUGCAUAUGUGUACGUGUGGAGGCCUUACAUCUGACUGCAGUUAUCAGAAACAAUGGAGCUCAUUUUAUUCUAUUAAUAUAAUUAUGGUCAAGUGAAAACUGCCAUUCGUUUGAAUUGUACUGCGCUAUUUUUCUUGUUAAAAGUGAUUUGUCAAAUGUU